CCCUGCCAGCUGGGGGGGUCUCAGUGCUGGUGUGGCUCCCCGUUUCCCCUCACCUUGCAUCUGCUGUGGGCAAGGCGUACCCGUGGCUCCUGUUGUGGAUGUCAAACCUGCAAACGUGCGUUUGCAGUAUAUCACAGCUUUGCCUAGGUAUAGAACCAGUGAAGAAAACUAUGAACUCUUCCAGAAAACCUAUUAUGGACUGUUGAUGUACCUACAAUAUCUGAUGACAUUGUAGCACAAACACAUGGAAAGCCAACAGUAUUUCAGGAAUGCUUUGUUCUAGGUACUCCUUUUAUAAUUCCAAGGCCCAAACAAUCACUUCCUAGCAAGGAAAAUUACAUCUCACUCUGUUCCCCCCCAAAGAGUGACCUCUCCGUUAAACGGUCUGCAUGUUUUGCAACAAGAGCAGUUUUAUUAUCAAAGUUUGGAACUUUAUAUACAAAUGAUGGAAUUCAAAACUUACAUAGAAAUAAAAGUUCCCUCAGAUGCUUUGACCCAAGGCCCAAAUAGCAAUGUAACCAAUGUGGCUCUAACAGACAAUGGAAUCAUAUUUUUAAUAAAUGGUACUUUUUAUAAACAAGAAGCUAAAUAUUUUUUAAAACUUGGCGUGGAACACAAGCUUCCUGAAAGUCAAAUAACUGGAAUAUAUUCAAGAUAUUGGUGUUCAUCUGUCUAUCCAGUGCAGAAUGGAAACCAGUUAAGUACUUUGGCAGCAUGGACGCUUACUGAGGUUUAUCUUGGAUAUAGCAAAACAUUUAAUAAAAUAGGAGAUACAGCAAACUUCAUGAAGUUCUUAAGUUUUCCAAAUGCCGCUUCUUUAUCUGUUAGCUAUGACUCAAUCCCAUAUGAAAUUACGUUGUUGCUGAUCUGCAGUGGCUGCAGCUCCUCCAGACAUUUUUAUCUGGCAGUUGAUAAUGAAGACAGACAAUUUUGGGGCUUAAGAAGUUUUUACUUACCUGUUCCUCGCAGUUCUGUUAUGAGGAUAUACACAAAUGCAGCAUUAUCGUCUGGGUUGCUAUGGGAUGACGUGGCAUUUACUACACCUACAAAACCAACACAGAUAAUGGAUAUUUUCAAGUAUCUGGAUCAAAACUUUCUCUGUCAGAAAUGGGAGGACUAUUCACCAUAUUAUUCUUGGUUAAAAUUACAGAUCCUGGUUUGUGUUUCAUCAGACAGUACAAAUGAAGGACUGCAUGGGCAGUAUCAGAUUUUAAACAGCACUUUCAACAAUUACAUCAUUUGGGCUACUAGUCAUAGUGCCAUUUAUGUGUUCAGAGUGAGGAUAUUAGAUCAAAACUACAGGCCAGAUACACCUAGAACUAAACUCUAUUCAGUCAUCAUUCUCUUCAUCUUUUUGGUCGUCCUCAUCACCAGCUACAAAUAUACUACUACUAACAUACAAACACAACUCAGCUUUCAAGAGAACUACAGCAAGACUUAA